AUGGGAAACACACCUCAAGAUGGGAAGCGACGGGGGGUGUUAUUUGAAAUGGCUCCAUUGGGGGACAGUUCUCUAAGCCUUCAAUGGAACAAGUCCUUGGGUGGGGAGAACCUGGAGUUCCAAGAACUCAGAGAUCUGUGUCUUCCUGGAAUCUGCCUCCCCCGGUUCCCUGGGAUGAAAAUGCUAUACACUCCCUUCUUUCCUGCCUUCGCAGGGUCCCCAGGAAGACAGCCACGCACCCCUGCCGACUCCUCAGGGCUUGCCCACUCGGAGAGGACCGUGGGCCUGGGGCUGGUGCAGGGUCUUGGGCUCACCAAACUCCUUCCUCCCUGCCUCUCUGCUCCUUCCUCCUCGCUGCACUGGCCUUACUGCCUCCUGGUCACAAGGGGGCAGCCUCGCUCUGGGCUUCUGGACUCAGGUGGUGGUGGACCGCCCGGGCAGCGGGAGGCUAGGGGGCAAGUCUUUCCAGCAGCGCCCACCCCCGUGUCUCCUUCGGUCUCAGCCUGUGCCCACCCCCGGAUGGGGACCCUGGGUCUCUCCCUGAGAUCAAAGGAUGCUACCCAGUACCCUGUGAGGAGGAGGAAAGAGGGGAGACCCUAA